AUGGCAUGCUUCCAUCUCAGUGGCACAGUAACUGAACCAGCCACUACUUCUGAACCAGCAGUGACUUAUAAAGUUGCCAUCAGUUUUGAUCGAUGCAAAAUCACCUCAGUGACCUGUGGCUGUGGGAAUAAAGACAUAUUCUACUGUGCUCAUGUGGUAGCACUCUCACUCUACAGGAUCCGUAGACCAGAUCAAGUCAAAUUGCGUCUUCCUAUCUCAGAAACCCUUUUCCAGAUGAAUAGGGACCAGCUACAAAAGUUUAUUCAAUAUUUAAUCACGGCACACCACACUGAAGUUCUUCCUACUGCACAGAAAUUGGCAGAUGAGAUUCUGUCCUCCAACUCCGAAAUCAACCAAGUAAAUGGUGCUCCUGACCCCACGGCUGGGGCCAGCAUUGAUGAUGAGAACUGUUGGCAUUUGGAUGAAGAACAGGUGAAAGAACAAGUGAAGCUCUUUCUCUCCCAGGGUGGUUACUAUGGCUCUGGAAAGCAACUCAAUUCAAUGUUUGCCAAGGUUCGAGAGAUGCUGCGGAUGAGAGAUUCCAAUGGAGCCAGGAUGCUGACACUAAUAACAGAACAGUUUAUGGCUGACCCACGACUCACACUGUGGAGGCAACAAGGAACAAGCAUGACAGAUAAGUGCAGGCAGCUCUGGGAUGAGCUAGGGGCCUUAUGGGUGUGCAUCAUUUUAAAUCCACAUUGCAAAUUGGAAGAAAAAUCCUGUUGGCUGCAGCAACUGCAGAAAUGGAAUGACCUGGAUGUCUGUCCCCUGGAGGAUGGGAACUAUGGGCAUGAGCUGCCCAACAUCACCAAUGCACUUCCCCAGAAUGCCAGUCACAGUUCAGAUUCUUUAUCCAGACCGAGACGGACGGUGUUCACUAGAGCCAUCGAGGGCCGUGAGUUGCAUUGGCAGGACAGCCACUUACAGCGAAUCAUCAGCAGUGAUGUAUAUACAGCUCCUGCCUGCCAGCGGGAAAGUGAGAGGCUACUCUUCAAUUCCCAAGGCCAACCACUGUGGCUUGAGCAUGUGCCUACAGCCUGUGCUCGGGUUGAUGCCCUGCGUUCCCAUGGUUACCCAAAAGAGGCCCUCAGACUCACAGUGGCCAUUAUCAAUACUCUCAGGUUGCAGCAGCAGCGGCAGCUGGAAAUCUACAAGCAUCAGAAGAAAGAACUGUUGCAGAGGGGAACCACAACCAUCACAAACCUAGAAGGCUGGGUGGGCCACCCUCUGGAUCCAAUUGGCUGCCUGUUUCUCACCUUGACUGAGGCCUGCCGCCUGAAUGAUGAUGGCUAUCUGGAAGUGUCAGAUAUGAAUGAAAGCAGACCCCCUGUGUACCAGCAUGUGCCUGUGGCUGCAGGCUGCCCAAACAGCAGUGAGUCCUACCUGUCAUUGGCCAUGGAAGUUGCUCUGAUGGGGAUGGGUCAACAGAGGGUGAUGCCUGAAGGCCUCUAUGCACAGGACAAGGUGUGCCGUAAUGAGGAGCAACUGCUGAGUCGACUCCAGGAGCUGCAGCUGGACGAUGAGCUAGUGCAAACACUGCAGAAACAGUGCAUCUUACUACUAGAAGGAGGCCCCUUCAGCGGCCUGGGAGAAGUCAUCCACCGAGAGAGUGUUCCCAUGCACACCUUUGCCAAGUACUUGUUCUCAGCUCUGCUGCCGCAUGAUCCAGACCUGUCCUAUAAGUUAGCCUUACGUGCCAUGAGGUUACCUGUUCUAGAAAACUCAACUUCUUCAGGCGACACUUCCCACCCUCACCAUAUGGUAUCUGUGGUGCCCAGCCGUUACCCUCGCUGGUUCACGCUUGGACACUUGGAAUCACAGCAGUGUGAACUGGCCUCCACCAUGCUGACUGCUGCCAAAGGGGACACUCUGAGGCUCCGAACAAUCCUGGAAGCAAUACAGAAGCACAUCCAUUCUUCCUCCCUCAUCUUCAAACUGGCCCAAGAUGCAUUCAAGAUUGCUACUCCCACGGACAGUAGUACAGAUGGCACCCUGCUCAACGUGGCCUUGGAGCUGGGGCUACAGGUGAUGAGGAUGACCUUAUCAACCCUCAACUGGAGGCGCCGGGAGAUGGUGCGGUGGUUGGUAACCUGUGCUACAGAAGUGGGUGUGCGGGCCCUGGUGAGCAUCUUGCAGAGCUGGUACACACUCUUCACCCCCACCGAGGCUACCAGUAUUGUGGCUGCCACAGCCGUCUCCCACACCACCAUCCUACGCCUCAGUCUUGACUAUCCACAGCGGGAGGAGCUGGCCAGCUGUGCUCGCACCCUGGCCCUGCAGUGCGCUAUGAAGGAUCCGCAGAGCUGUGCCCUGUCGGCCCUUACCCUAUGUGAGAAGGACCACAUCGCCUUCGAAGCAGCCUAUCAGAUCGCCAUCGAUGCUGCGGCUGGCGGCAUGACUCACUCACAGCUGUUCACCAUCGCCCGCUACAUGGAGCUCCGUGGCUACCCGCUACGUGCCUUCAAGCUGGCCUCACUGGCCAUGAGCCAUCUCAACCUGGCCUACAACCAGGACACCCACCCGGCCAUCAACGAUGUGCUCUGGGCCUGCGCCCUCAGCCACUCCCUGGGCAAGAAUGAGCUGGCGGCCCUGAUCCCCCUGGUGGUGAAGAGCGUGCACUGCGCCACAGUGCUUUCAGACAUACUUCGGCGCUGCACGGUGACUGCCCCUGGACUGGCCGGCAUCCCAGGCCGCCGCAGCUCAGGAAAGCUCAUGUCCACUGACAAGGCUCCCCUGCGCCAGCUGCUGGAUGCCACCAUCAAUGCCUACAUCAACACCACACACUCGCGCCUGACGCAUAUCAGCCCUCGCCACUAUGGAGAGUUCAUUGAGUUUCUGAGCAAGGCCCGGGAGACCUUCCUGCUGCCGCAGGAUGGCCACCUGCAGUUUGCCCAGUUCAUCGACAACCUCAAACAGAUCUACAAAGGCAAGAAGAAGCUGAUGCUGCUGGUGCGAGAGCGCUUCGGCUGAGAAAGCAGACGGCUCGCUGCCAGGGCAGCGUGGGCUCCCAGGUACCAUCAGGUCAGGCCACGGACACAAGCAUUUGUCCACCCUGAGAGGACUCUGAGCACCUGUGGCUGAAGCCAGAGGACCACAGGGCUAAGCAUGGGGAGAGUCCAGCUGUAGCCAGCAUGCCUGCCUGGGCAGGGUUCUUACAACAGCCCACUGUUCCUGGAGGAGCAGGGCCCUGCAGACCGAUCAGUACCCACAACAUUCCACCUCAGGCCCUUGUAUCCUGCGUGUCCUGGGCAUUGCCCCUCUCUCCCUUGGCAAACACAGAACACUGUUCCGUCUCAGGGAUUGCGUAACCAGAGAAACAGAAGCGUUUAUGGUACUGUAAAUACUAUAGUCUGUGUGUUGCCAAUUAUGUUGUAAAGUUGUAACUAUUUAUAAUUCUGGUUCUAAUUUGAUGGGUACUUGAAGUAGCUGUGGGUGGGAAGAUAGGCUUGUUUUCUGAGGAGAUUCACAACCAUUUCUCAGGUUUCCCUUGCAGAGUAUAUUCUGUUGGCAGUGGAAGAUUGGGGGUGGCAGGGAGAAAAAUGGCCAGUUAAGAGGAAAUCUCAAGUCUAGUCUAUGCAGAAACCCAGUGAUGGGUGAGGAGGCCCAGUCUGGACUUAGACUUUCACCUCACGAAGCCACGAGGACACGGAAGUGGUUGCUCCUGCCUCACACAGCCUCUCUAGGAGUCUGACGAGUUCCUGAGAAACAGGUGAAGGUGAAGGUCUGGGAGGCCACUGAGCUCAUAAUGUUCAUCUGCUCUGGACACCGUUGUGUUAGUGUCUGGUUUCAUCUCUAAGUGUGCGUAGAGACCUGAAUGACUAAAUACGUGUGUCUGUGUGCACUGGUGUAUCUAUGCACGCCUGUAUGUGCACAUAUAUGUGUAUGUGUCAGGUCUGUGUGCUGGACGGUGGGCUUGUGUGUGAGGUUAUGCACGUGUGAGCAUACUGUAGUACAUAUGUGUGUGUCUGUUGCGUUUGCUGAUGCACAUUUAGCCUGUGUGUAUCUGGCCACACGAGUGCACGUGUAUAAAUCUGUUUGGCCUGUCUCUGUCUCUGAGUAACUGUGGUAUUGCCACAUGUAGGUUUGUCUGUGAAUUCAUGUUCUAGGAUCUGCAUGAAUGUGUCCCUUCUUUUUGCCAGAUCUCUCAUGCCCAUUCCUCUGUUCUCUCGCGCCGGCUAAACACGGUCCCCAUCUCUGUGGCUCCUGUACUCAUCACUGUCGCCCAACAGGCUUCUGAGCACUCCCUCCCUCUGCCGAGCGGCUCCUUGAGCGCCACAUUUCCCUGCUUCCCCUGCACCUGCUUCCUUCCCCUGCCUCUCUACCUCAAGCUUCCUUGCCCUCUUCUGCCACAGUCCCAUGGGUCCCUGACUUGGAGGCUGCGGCUGGAAUGCAUCUGGCCUUGCCCUGACUAGUUUCUAGCCCAGGUGGACAACCCUCUGCUCUCUCUGACUGGCCUCCACAGUGUGUCAUGCUCCUGCUGGCUUCCUGCCCCCUCCUCACCUGGAAUUGUUGUGGGAGCUGGCACGGGCAUUCAGGAGUCCUAGAUGCCAGUGUCUUGGUGUUUACUGUUUCCUGUCUUAGUUUCCGAGUAGGGGGCGGGGUGUGAUAGGGAAGGGGUGGUAUAGCUAGAGUGUGAACUAAGGACCUGUCUGCUUUACUUCGCUUUCUCUGACAAACUAUGUCACUUUUUUUUUCCCUCCACACUGACCGUAAAUUUGUAUUUGCUGUUUGUGGCUACUGAAGUCUUACUGUUCCGUCAUGGACCGUACAACCUCUCAGCCUGAUAGGUUGGUUAAAAAAAAAAAAAAAAGACACCACUCCCAUUUCUGUAUCACAAUUGCCAUUUUUUAGCAAGUAUGUGAACUCACAGUGCUUUUCUAUGAAUAAAUCACGGAUCACAGAAAAGAUCAUUUUUCUAAAAUCAGAAAUUGUGUUAUUUCAAUAAAUGGGGCCCUUCUCCAUAUUCUCCAUCACCCUGGCUGGGACAGGGAGCUGGUUAGGCCUAUAGCACAGAGGGUUCCUAGCACUCUACUAAGAUGUGCAAUAACAAAUGAAGAAUUUCCUACUGCACCAGACCACUUUCCAGAGCUCACAGGCACAUCAGGGCCGGAUCCCAGAAAGUAGGUACCAUCAUGAUGAGCAGAAACAUCAAGAUACCGAGAAAAUUAGAGGGUAUACACAGAUAAGAAGCCUAUUGGUGUCAGAAGCCUUCUCAGCUCCGUGAUGCAUGUCUAAGCAACUCAGCCGAUCUUUAUGCCCUCUUCCCAACUUUUCGGGUCAAAGCUGAAGGCCUCUCAGCUUCUUCCUGCUCACCUAGACUCCAUCUUCCUCAACAGGCUUUUCUGAAUAUUCUAACCGUUUCUGUGUCCCUUUCUGAUCUAUACACUCUUCCUCCCCAGACACAAAGCCCUGGCUUCACAUGCUGUAGGGACCCCAUUUCCCUGCACAUGUCACAGCUCCCACUCCUAGGAAGAUCUAUGCAACCCCAUGUGGCUCUGGGGCUUGGAUAUCUGAGAGCACAUUGGUGUCAGGGCCCUGACAUGAAGUCCGACAGUGCCUAGGCAUUGAUAUCUGAGCUCCAAGGACUUGUGGGAGAGGAU